CACAGUGUUUAGAGCUCAGAGGAGCUUAUGGUCUUCACGACACCAGACCCUGUCUGAUUUCUACUCUGCAAAAACUGAAAGGCACCCAUUACCAACAUGAGCACCAAAAGAGAAGAGCAGAUCAUUGACACCUACUACACCUCAAUUCAUACUCUGCACAGGAGAAAUGCAAAUGAAGGAAGGUGGCUUCGCUACAUGCAGAAAGAUGGCCGUUUCCUGGUGUCAUUCCGGAAGUGCCCUGGAGAUUGGAGCCCAUAUUUACAGGACAUCUUCACCACCCUCAUAGAGAUUCGCUGGAGGAUAAUGUUCCUUGUCUUUUCCCUUUCUUACAUUCUUUCUUGGAUCUUCUUCGGUCUUCUUUAUUGGCUCAUUGCCUAUAUAAAUGGAGACACCCAGAGUGUAGAUAACAAUCCUUGCAUGGAUAACGUGCGUGGCUUCACUGAAGCAUUUCUGUUUUCAAUGGAGACCCAGGCAACUAUUGGUUAUGGCCACAGGGGGAUAACUGAAAACUGCAUUGGGGCUAUUAUUGUGUUUACUAUCCAUGAUGUUUUUAGCUGCCUUCUUGACACCAUUGUCAUUGGCAUCGUUGUGGCUAAAAUGGCAUCUGCUCGAAAAAGGGCUCAAACGGUGGGUUUCAGCAGUUGUGCUGUGGUCAACCUUCGAAAUGGGGAUCUGUGUCUGUCAUGGCGCCUCGGAGACUUCAGGGGUAAUCACAUCCUUGAGGGAUUUAUCAGGGCCCAUCUUGUCCGCUAUGUGAAGCAGAGAGAGGGUUCUGUUGUGAUGUUGUACCAGGAAUUGGACCUCGAGAACCCUCAUGUUGUCCUUGCAGUGCCUACAACAAUUAUUCACAAACUAAAACCAGGGAGUCCCCUUUAUAGGAUGACUCCAGAUGACUUGCAGGAGGAGCACUUUGAACUGGUUGUCUGCUUUACCUACACUGGGGACUCCACAGGGUUGCUUCACCAGACACGCGUGUCCUACACUCCUGCAGACAUUCACUGGGGGCAACUUUUCCAGGAUAUGCUGAAAGUGGGCAAGAGACACUACAAGGUGGACUAUGCUCUGUUUAAUGAGACCACCUGGGUUUCAGUACCCAUGCUCUGUGCAGAGGCUUAUGAAAGAGAGAGGAGACAUCCUAAUGAGGACGAUUCCCUCAUACCACCAGUCACAGAGAAUGGAAACAUCUACUGGGCCACCAUUGACUGCCCUGAGGAGGUGGUUGUGCGAACAUCUUUGUAAAGAAAGAAAGAAAUAUGCAUUGUGUAAAUUAAUUUGAAUGUCUUUGUAUAUAAAAUUACAUCACAUUUUUUAAUAUAUUGGUUUAUGCUUUGUAAUCAAUACGUUGUGUAUUUGACAACCAAAUGUAAAUUCAAUAAAGCAUUUACUGUUGGUCACUUAA